AUGAAGCUUUCCUCCCUACUGCUUGGCUUGACAGCAUUGACUGUUGCAAGUGCAGGCUAUUCCAACUCCUCCUGCUCAGGAGAUAUCACAAUCACUACCACUGCAACUGCUGAGAGUACCUUCACUGUGACCACCACCCACUGUUCUCAUGGCAAAUGUUCUGCUGAAACCUAUCCAACAGGUGUGUCUACCUACACUACCACUCUAACUGAUAUCACUACUGUCUACACCACCUGGUGUCCGCUCACUACCACCAGUUGUGAGGGUGGAUACUGUUCAGAGUCGGUAACUGGAACCGUUUCUACAGUUACCACGACACUGACCGACGUUGUAACUGUGUACACCACAUACUGUCCUUUGACAGCGACAGAAACCAAGGUGUAUUCUACUUUGACAGCUCCUAGUGCUGCUGUUGUUACUGAGACCGUCACUAAAACCAUUCCGGAGGUUGUGAUUACAACAGUUACGUGCUCGGAAGGUGCAUGCACAUCAAAGCCACAUACCACCGGUGUGACCACUGUGACCGAGGCCAGUGAGGGUGUUACUAUCAUCUACACCACCUAUUGUCCGGGGGGUGUUACCACAGCAACUGUGACUUACACCACUACGUACACUCCUUCUUACCUGACAUAUGUUUCCACAAAGACAUCCAAGGGUGAAGCAUACGGUACAACUACGGUAACAGUGCCUGUAUAUGAGGUCACAACCUACACUGAAAGCGCAGCUCCAACACCGAACGUUCCUGGAAAAACCAAGACCGAGGCAACCACUGCAUAUGCUUCAGUAACAGAGACAGUUGCUUCAGCCACUGCAACCACUACAACUGGAGAAACAACUUCCGUUCCGUUCCUUUACUCUCAUGGUUCGGUUGUCACGGUCACCACCGCUUACUUGGAAACAGUCACAGUCACUUCUGAGCUCACGGCUACCACAGAAACAGUUGUUACUUCCGAGUUCACUGUCACCACCUCCACGUCUGAAGGCCAGAUCACCAAAGUUGCUACCAGCGUUAUUACCGGUACUGCUGAAGUUGUCUCUACCACCAUUUACACCACCGAGGUUGAAGUUUCUGAGACUACUGAAUCCACAGUCUCUGUUGUCACUACCGAAGCGGCAGCCUCUGCUACCUCGGCUUUCACUUCUUCCUCAGAAGCUUCCACUUCGGCAGUUUCUGGAUCCACUGGUACCGCCAGUGUCUCCGUUCUCGAGGGUGGUGCAGCCAAACUCGGCUCAUCUCUUCUGGCCGGUGUUGCUGUUCUAUUAGCAUUCAUCGUCUAA